AUGUGUCUUGCAUGUCAUUUUAUUGAUCAUGAUCAGAAAUUGCAUAAAAGGAUAAUUAACUUUUUUCCAAUUACAAGUCAUAAGGGUGAGGAUGUGGGUAAAGUAGUUGAAAAGUGUUUGCGUGAUUGGGGCAUUGAUAAUGUUUUCACCAUUACGGUUGAUAAUGCUAGUUCUAAUGCUGUUGUCGUAGGAUACUUGAAAAGAAAGUUAAAUAAUUUGGGUACUAGUAUCUUACAAGGAAAAUAUCUUCAUAUGAGAUGCAUUGCACAUAUCAUUAACAUUAUUGUCACCGAUGGGAUGAAGGAUAUGAAUGAAUCAAUUGCUAAAGUUAGAGGGGCUAUAAGAUAUGUAAGGCAAUCACCAUCUAGGUUGCUCAAAUUUAAAGGUUGUGUUGAAAUGGAAAAGAUUCAAUCGAAUGCUUUGUUGAGAUUAGAUGUGAGCACUAGAUGGAAUUCCACUUACUUGAUGUUAGAUUCAGCUCAAAAGUUUGAGAGGGCAUUUGAGAGAUUUGAAGAAGUUGACCCUAAUUAUAGACAUGAUCUCUUGUUUGGUGAUGGUGUUCCAAAUCAUGAAGAUUGGGAAAGUGUUAGGAAAUUAAGCAUGUUCUUGCAACAAUUUUAUGAUUUUACUGUGAAGAUAUAUGGUUCUUUGUAUGUUACUGCAAAUGUUUAUCUUGAUGAAGUUUGUGAUGUUUAUUCUACUUUACGUGAGUGGUUGAAAAGUAUUGAUUCUGAGUUUAGUUCAAUGGCUAAAAGAAUGGUUGAAAAGUAUGACAAUUAUUGGGGGAAUGUGGAAAAAAUGAAUAUGUUGCUGUAA